AUGCAAGAAGUACAUGUGAGCGAUGAAGAGGAGAACAUGGAACUGAAGAGGUUGAAGGCUAAUUGCACAGAAGAUUACGCAUGGACCGAUUACAUGUCACUGCCAUUUACUCAAAAUGUUAUCAGUGAAACUCUUAGAAUGGCCAAUAUUGUCAAUGGCAUUUGGAGGAAAUCUGUCAAUGACAUAGAAAUUAAAGGGUACCUAAUUCCGAAGCACUGGUGUGUCAUGGCAUCUCUUACCUCUAAAAUUGGAGUUGUGGCGGGUAACAACUGCUUCACACCAUUUGGCGGUGGAAAUAGACUAUGCCCUGGAUUAGAACUCUCCAGGCUAGAGCUCUCUAUUUUCCUUCACCAUAUUGUUACUACUUACAGAUGGGUGGCUGAGAGGGAUGAAAUAAUCUACUUUCCAACUGUCAAAAUGAAGAAGAAGCUCCCAAUUAGCGUGCAACCCAUUAACGCUUGA